AUGCGCCGCCUCAGGAUAUCUUCAGCGGCCUUAGCUAUACUAUCAAUCCUCUCGCAAUCACCUUCAUUAACGACACACGCAUUCCCAUUCCCCCUACAUUUCAACACCGGCCUCGCCAGUCGCGAUUGCAAGCCCUGCGGCUUCUACGGCCAAGAGUGCUGCACCACUUCGCAAAUCUGCACCACAAACGCCAACAACCAAGCCAUCUGCAUCGACUCCACCUCUGUCGGAAAACCCCGCGCUACGGAGGGUCAAUGGGAAACAUUCACAACCACAUUCGUCCGCACAGACCUAGUCACCGUGACAUCGGUGGGCAGCAGAUUCAUUGCCGCCCCGACCUCCAGCAGCCAGAUCCAAUGCCAACUCGAACUUGGUGAAUCCGCCUGCGGCACCAUCUGCUGCACGGCCGCUCAGGCAUGCAAAUCUGAAGGCCAAUGCGUCGAGGCAGGAAGCUCCCCCUUCGAUCCCACCGUAGGGCCUUCCCCCACCCCUCCCUCCAGACCAACCAGCUCGGGCGACGCAACCAUCACCACCAUGCCGACCGCAACCGUCCCCUUCCUCCCUCCAGUUGGCACAGACGGCAACCCGCUGCCACCGCCAGCAGCCUCGACGGGCGGCGGGGGACUCAGCGGUGGCGCCAUCGCAGGCAUCGUCAUCGGUGUCAUUUUCGGCGUCCUCCUCUUAUUUCUCAUCUGCUUGUCCGCGUGCGCCAAAGGCGCCAUCGCGGCGAUUCUGGCACUGCUGGGGCUGGGCAAGAAGAAAAGAGAGAGCGGCUCCAGUACGACACAUUCGUUCUCCGAUGGCGACGGGCGACCUGGCCGUACCUGGUUUGGGUACCGCCCAUCCCGCCCGCCUCCAGCGCGGUACUCGAACUCGUACUCGUCUUACACUGAGAAGUCGAAGAAGUCCGGCCUGUUUGGUCUGGGGAAGUGGACGAGUAUAGGGCUUGUUCUGGGCGCUCUGGCAAUUUGUCUGGGGCUGCGGAGUAAGAAGAAGCAACAAUCGCCCAGUUCAGGUUAUUCCGAUUCGUACUAUUACUAUGAUUAUAGUAGCAGCAGCAGCAGUAGCUCACCACCGCCCAGAUCAAAGCGGUCGAAGGUUCCUUCUUCAAGAUCGAGGUCGAGGUCAACGAGGCAUUGA